ACGGCGGCUCUGAGACAAACAGAAGAGGGAGACAGGGACAGACAGAAAGAGAGAGAGAGGGUCCAUUGUCGGAUACACACCUGGGAAUAAAUGGAGGGAGCCGCUGUCCAACUAUUGCUUCACCUCUCGUGGUCCAGCGGGGAGCGCGCUCGUGUAAAGCUCAUUUGACCCGGGGAUGUGAAUACCUCCCCGGGAUUAGAGGGGGUGUUUUCAGGGGGGUGGAGGAGGAGGGGGCGAGAGAGUGGAGGACAAUGUCCCGUGGCCAUUGUUCCUGCGGCGGCGGACUCACGGAGCUCAGUUUCAGCCGGUUCCUCCUCCAGCAGCUGCUCGUCUCGUCUUGAAUCUCGGAUAGGAUGACUUCCGGGCGCCGCAGCCUUCCUCCUCCGGGGGUCCUCCUGCUCUGCUGCACGGCGGUGCUCACAGCCUCCAGCGCCGCAGGAGCCGGUGCAUGUUGGUCGCCUGGCGUCACCUCUUGCGCAGAUUGCCUCCGUCGUGGACCUCAGUGCGCCUGGUGCUUCAAGGAGGACUUCCUGCAUGGUGCCGGGCUGAGUAGUCGCUGUGACCUGCCGGAGAACCUGCGCAGGAGAGGCUGCGRACCGGAGUUCAUGGAGCAGUCAGAGGUCAAGGUGGAGGUCGACGCUACGCUCAGCAGUACUCAAGUGUCGCCGCGAGACAUCAGCAUCACCCUCAGACCAGGAUCAGAAGCCAGUUUUACUGUGGCUGUGAAGCAGCUGGAGCGCUAUCCUGUGGAUCUGUACUAUCUGGUGGACGUAUCGGCCUCCAUGCAGGAAAACCUCAAUCAUCUGAAGACGGUCGGCGUGGCUCUGUCCCUUCGUAUGACGGAGCACACCUCGGACCUCUGGAUGGGCUUCGGCUCGUUUGUGGACAAACCCGUCUCUCCGUACAUCAACGUCCAUCCCUCGAAGAUCAACAACCCCUGCAGUGAUUACGAGAUCCGCUGCCGACCGGCCCACGGUUUCCACCACGUCCUCAGCAUGACCGGAAACAUGAGCGAGUUCACCCGCGUGAUCAAACGCCAGCGCAUCUCGGGCAACAUGGACACCCCCGAAGGAGGCCUGGACGCCAUGCUGCAGGCCGCCGUCUGUCAGAAUGCAGUUGGAUGGCGACCAGAGGCGAAGCGUCUGUUGCUCCUGAUGACCGACCAGCCGUCUCAUCUCGCCCUGGACAGCCGGCUAGGUGGGAUUGUUGUGCCCCAUGAUGGCCGCUGUCACCUGGAGAACAACGUUUACACUGGAAGCACCAGGAUGGAUCAUCCCAGUUUGGGUCAGCUGUCAGACAAGCUGCUUGAAAACCACAUCUACUCUGUGUUUGCUGUGGAGAAGCUGCAGUACCAGUGGUAUGAGGAGCUGGUCCGGCUGCUGCCUGGAUCCUACCUGGGAAAGUUAAGCCUCUUCCAGGCGCCGAGCCUUAUAGACCUGGUGGCAGAUGCAUACAAAAGGUUGUUGUCAGAGGUGGCGGUUUCGGUGGCGGUGGAGGACGAGGCAGUCAGCAGGUUCCGGGUGUCCGUCUCUCCUCUUUGUCCUCACGGGUCCACUGCCAAAGACCAGAGCUGCUCGGGGGUGCAGCCAGGGCAGACGGUGUACUUCAAUAUCACCAUUGGCCAGCGCUCCUGUGCUAAUGAUGGUAAAGAUGAAGACAUAACGGUGCUGGUUCGCCCAGUGGGUUACAAUGAGUCCACUGUCAUCAAAAUCCACUCUAAAUGUCACUGCAGUUGUGGACAAAUGGGACGCUGCAGCGAACUUAGCCAAUCACCUUGCGUGGAUCAGGAGCAGAGGUCAGAUCAUGGCCAUAUGAAGGACUCACUGACAGAUCCUAACAGGAACUGCAGAGCAGAUGGGUCCGACGUGGACUGCAGCGGCCGCGGAGUGUGUGAAUGUGGGCAGUGUGUGUGCGACCAAAGCAGGCUUGGGAUGAUAUACGGGAAACACUGUGAGAUGGAUGACUUCUCCUGUCCGUAUGAGAAAGAGCUGCUGUGCGGCGGUCGAGGUGUGUGUAUGUCAGGGGAGUGUGUGUGCGAGGUUGGGUGGACGGGCGAUAGCUGCGGCUGUCCCACCUCCACAUCUGCCUGCCAGUCGCCAGAUGGCUCGCUUUGCAGUGGGCGGGGSAAGUGUGUGUGUGGAAAGUGUGUGUGUGAUGACCCUGAACGGUACGGAGACUUUUGUGAACGAUGUCCCACCUGCCAAAACACGCAGCAAAUUUGUAAGAGUGUGGACUGCAAUCAUUCUCAGCAUCUCCCAUGGACAGAGAGYGACCGGUCCAACCACACAUGUGCACUAAUGGCUGCCUCUAUAAACUGCGUAUCAGAGAGCGUCAGCAGCAGCCGCCUGGUGGGUACCUUCCUGGGUGUGUGUGCCCUGACGGUGCUGUGCGGCCUGGUGGUGGUGGCCGUGUCACGGCUGCUGCUGCAGAAGAGGCUCAGGUCACCAGAGGGCGCCGGUUUGGAUGGAGGCCACCAUUGCUCUGGAAAGGAUCUGUCCUACAUUCCUACAACCAAUGAGAAAACGGUGACCUACAGGAGGGACCGGGCCCCCGACCACCCCGUGGAGAUGCACAUAGAGGUUCCUAAGAUGCCCCUGGGAGACCCCUGGCAGUUCUGAUGCACUUCGGUGGAAAGCGGCAGAGACGCACAGAGGAAGAAGAAGAGCUGGACUUCUUUUCUGCUUUUUUUUUUCUUCAAAAAAAAAAAAACAUCAACAAACUGCAAGUGGAGACAGUGAUGAUGAAGAACUAGACUGUGAAAAACCUCCGCAGAGUUCGAGGUGUUGCAACCUGACAGAGCUAUAACAACUUGUGACAGUGGCCAGUAUGACUCAUCGAACAGCACAAGUCCCCUCAUCUCUCAUGAUGUAGAUUUUUAUAUUUUUUAUUUUAUGUUUGUAUAUUUGUUGCUACUGCUUUAACUUAUGGGUGUCUGUGAGAGUGUGUUUGUGUGCGUGUGUGUCUAUUUAUGAUUUUGUUUUUAAUGGGGAAAACACUACAUCGGUGGUCCUCAGUCCUGGUCCUUGAAGGGAUGUUCCUCUGCUUUGACACACCUGUGAUGAACAGCUUUCUGCAGAACUUCAAGACCAGCUGAAGGCAACUAAAACAAGCAGGAUUGUGACCCUGAAGAACCAGGAUUAAGAACCAUUGCACUACAGAGGUUUGAAACGCACUAACUGCACUGUCUCUCUGUCUUAGCCUGCCCCCUUGUGGUCAAUGUGAGGUACACAUCUUUAUGUUUUAGUUUUUAACGCACUGACCUCAGCAGGCUUACCUUGGUAACUUUUCAUCACUUAAGGGCAAAGAUGGGUGAGCAUGUUUUUGUUCUAUGUGUGCCUGUUAACAAAAUAUCUCACGAGCCAGUGAACAUAUGAAGCUUUCAGAAAGCAAUCAUUUGAUUUACCUCUACAACUUUUGGAGUUUAUCAGAAUCAAUCAUGCCACAGCCAGGUGACCUUUAAAAUAAAAGAAAAUGUUGAUAAUUCAGUUUUACAAAUAUUGACCUUAAAAUUGUUGAGAGUGCACAACGUUGCAUAAAACAUUAUUUUUAUGGUUUGAUUAAAAAAACUGUUAGGUCUUUCAUUUAUUUACAUGUUGCAUUGUUUUAGUGUUUUAAAUGUUUUUUUCAUUCCAUCAUUGCAAUAAUCUUUAUUCCAAAAGAUUUUCUGUUGUAAUUAAGAAUAUUUUUUUCACCCUGCAUGUAUUCAAAAUCUGGUUGAACUUGCACUUGAAAAAAUGCAAUAUACUACUGAAGACAGUGUGUUAGGAGAGCAGUGACAGGAAGUUUCAUUUUUUGGGGAGCGGGCAUUAAGAAUCGUGACAAAUCCACCUGUACACUGGAACAACAACCUUUUAAAAGCUGUAACUUCUGCAGUUAUUUAUUUAAAGAACCUCAACAUCAGAGCUCCUGCUGAUUUUCCAACUAUCCGGAGGAKUUGAGGAUUUAAGGCACAAAUCAUAUCUGAGCACAGAGCUGACCCUCAUGCAGUAGAUAUGAACUCAUCUGAAUCCUGCAGCUAAACAAAUGCUUUUCAUUUUCUCAGUCCUGCUCUUUGUGAUUUUUUAUUCUCAGUUCAGUAUUGUUCGCAGCAGAAAUGUCAUUUCUUGUUACUGUACAUGGAGACAUUAAUAAUUAUUUAUUUGAAUUAUGUUGCAUAAUUUUUUAUUCAUUGAUAUUAGUGUUCUAAACCAGUCAAUAGUUCCAGGUAUAAGGUAGACUGUGGACAGUCUCUAACCUUGAGAAAUACUCAGCAAUAAAGUAGCUUUAAUAAAAUCAUCUCAUCUAACUAGGUACUGAAGUUUCUUUUUUUAGUAAAAACAGACAGCACUUUCUUUCUUUCUUUUAUUUUUYUUGUUGUAAUUUAAUGUGAUUGUUGGGUAUUAUGGUUUUCAACACAAUAAAAAAGGUACAACAAUUUUU